AUGGGCCUUGCCAGUGCCCGAGAGACUCCGUUCCUUGACCUUGAAAAGCGUCACUUUUGGGAACUAGUGAGCUCGAACACUAUGUUGACUUUUGACAGUGGCUACGGCGAGCUAAUUGGUCUCCUUUCAAGAAAGACAUCAUUGGUGAAACUCAGUCUGAUUGUAUUUCCCUUUGAGGACGAUUAUUUUGAGCGACUUUCUGGACUGACCAAGUUGCGCUUCCUUGAAAUCAUGGGACACUCAGGGGAUCCAAAUGAUCCCGCACACAACGUUGGGAGAAUCACGGACAAUGGGUGCAAGGCGAUUGCAAAAACCCUACCGAACUUGCACUAUUUGAAUUUAUCCAGCCAACCGAAGGUUACAAAAGUUGGCAUUGCCAGCAUUCUCCGUUCGUGCCCUCGUCUGCGCGAGAUUCAAGCCAUUUCCACCGGUGUUAAAAGUCAACACCUGGCAAGGCUUGUGAAGCUCAGUGAUUCGUUGCUUAUGCUUAUAUUCAGUUUGGAGUUUUUUCGAUUUGACGAUCCGCACAUUGUCCAAACAAUCAAGGCUACUGGUGGCCGUUGUCUACCGAAUUGCGACUCCAGGACGGAAGAUGACCAUCACAGAGAGAUGGGCUGGCUUUGCGACUUGAACAGACCAUCUUCUAUUUUCACAGAUGCAGAGAGACGACAAAUGUUGCACUCUCAUUUUCUGGUCCAAGAAGUAUCCAGACGAAGGCUGAUUCCCCUUAGCAUUGACAUAUACGAGGAACUUGUUGGUGUUGACAUUCGAGUCGGCUCCAAUUCCAAUUGA